UGUUAAGGAAAGCAAAUAAUUCGCAGCUUGAGCUUUGACCUUGCACAUUAAAAGUCAAAUACUAUAAAAGAAAUACUUUGCAAGUAAUAUGCAUCAGUCGAACGACUACUUUCCCAAUAUGUACUCCAAAAUCAUCGCAUUGAGCGCUGUAUUGGCGGUUUCAUCCGCUGGGCUAGUGCCCGCUGCGCAUUACUCGUCAGCCGCCGCCGUAUCUUCCCAAAGCAUCGUCCGUCAUGACCAGGGCCAUGGUAUCGCUGCAGCACCCGUCGCAUACCACGCCGCUCCCUUGGCUUACUCCGCCCCCGUCGCCUACGCCGCCCCAGCCCGCCUCUCCGGUCACGCCGCUGUUUCUUCCCAAAACAUCGUCCGUCACGACCAAGGCCAUAGAACUAUUGCCGUUGCCGCCCCAGUAGCAUACUCUGCCCCAGUCGCCUACGCCGCUCCCCCUCACUACUCAUCAGCUGCUGCUGUCUCAUCCCAAAGUAUUGUCCGUCAUGAUCAACCCCACGGCAUUGCUGCCGCUCGGGUAGCAUAUGCCGCCCCAGUAGCCUACUCUGCCCCAGUCGCCUACGCCGCUCCUCGUCUGUCCGGCCAUGCUGUCUCUUCUCAGAACAUUGUGAGCCACAACCAGGGCUACGGCGCUAUCGGCUACGCUGCUCCUGCCCGUGUCGCUAUCGCCCACUCCGCCCCUGUCGUCCACGCCGCUCCCAUCGUACACGCCGCUCCCGCCCACGGUUACAUCGCCGCUCACCAGCCUGAACCCUAUGAUGCUCACCCCAACUACGAGUUCUCGUACUCCGUCGCUGACGGCCACACCGGCGACAACAAGUCCCAGCACGAGAGCCGCGACGGUGACGUCGUACACGGCGAGUACUCCCUGGUCGAGGCUGACGGCUCCGUACGCAGGGUCGAGUACUCCGCCGACGCACACAGCGGCUUCAACGCCGUGGUCCACCGCUCCGCACCCUCCGUCCACGCUGCGCCCGUAGCCCAUGCCCCAGCCCAUGUUCUCUCAAUCGUCACUUUGAGCGCCAUCCUGGCUGUAUCAGCUGCUGGACUCUUGCCCACAGCUCACUACUCAUCGGCUGCUGCUGUUUCAUCCCAAAGCAUUGUCCGUCAUGAUCAACCCCACGGCAUUGCCGCCGCUCCAGUAGCAUAUGCUGCCCCAGUAGCCUACUCUGCCCCAGUAGCCUACGCCGCUCCCCGUCUGUCCGGCCAUGCUGUCUCUUCUCAGAACAUCGUGAGCCACAACCAAGGCUACGGCGCUAUCGGCUACGCUGCUCCUGCCCGUGUCGCUAUCGCCCACUCCGCCCCUGUCGUCCACGCCGCUCCCAUCGUACACGCCGCUCCCGCCCACGGUUACAUCGCCGCUCACCAGCCUGAACCCUAUGAUGCUCACCCCAACUACGAGUUCUCGUACUCCGUCGCUGACGGCCACACCGGCGACAACAAGUCCCAGCACGAGAGCCGCGACGGUGACGUCGUACACGGCGAGUACUCCCUGGUCGAGGCUGACGGCUCCGUACGCAGGGUCGAGUACUCCGCCGACGCACACAGCGGCUUCAACGCCGUGGUCCACCGCUCCGCACCCUCCGUCCACGCUGCGCCCGUAGCCCAUGCCCCAGCACACAUUCUGGCUCAUCAUUAAACCUAUAUUUUCAUAGACAUGUAAAUAACUAUUUAUAAACGACAAAAAUAAAUUCAUAAAAAUAA